UUUUUAGGGAUUACCAUAAAUCCCCCUAAAUCCAACCAUUACACUUGUUCAUUCAUUCCCCAUAAAUCCCUUCAUCUUGAUUACAAUCUACAAACCCCCUAAAUCACCCAGUUAGAGUAUCUACCAUGGAUGCUCUACGCCGACCUAAUCUUGAUCUUAGUAAUUCUUCGCCCCUUUCAUCAAUUUACACCAAAACCCCUCAAACACCACCCCGUUCAACUUUUCCCUAUAAGUACCGAUUAUCUUCUUCUAGUUUCAAUGGUUACCAUAGCAAGUGUAAAGUACCAACACCACCUCAAGCUUUACCUAAGGCAAAUUUGAACGAAUCAGUUGAAUCUAAUAAGAAAUUGACUGAUUCAAUCGCUAAAGGUUUGAUCAGGCUCGCUGUUGCAGUCUCUGUUUGUUUAGAUUCGCCAGCUCUUGCCGAUUCCUUGACAAUAGCAUUCCUAGCUUCUCGUACUCAUGAGGUGAAUGCUGUGCAGCGAACUCUGGUAGAGACUUGGGGUUUGAUCAGAGAGACUUUUUUUGAUCCAAAUUUUAAUCAUCAAGACUGGGACUCGAAAUUCCAAAAAACAAUGGUGGAAAUGCUUCCACUUAGAACAAAUGAUGCCGCAUGCACCAAGAUUAAAGGAAUGCCUUCUACUCUUGGAUAUCGCUUCACUCACAUUAUCAGUCCAAAGGCUGGACUUGAUGUUGCUCAAAUAUGGCUGGAUGGAGAUGAGACUCUAGUGAACACAAUAGAUCAAGAUGGGAACAUGCUUCCUAUUAACAUGAUCAAUAUCCAUGCUCUUACUCGUGAUCUUCUAGUUGUUCUUCCACAUCAGAAGAAGUAUAAGCUGAGAACUGGCUGUGUUAAUGUAUCCCAUUCUCAUAAACCUGGUAACAGGGAGCACACAAAGGCUACAGCUCAAGAAACAUGUGACAGGGAAAAGAGGUGUAUAAGAGUGGAGAUUUAUCAAAAGCUAAAGGAGGGGAACUUCAGUGGUGAAGAUAUUGUUAGGGUUACCACCAUGAACAAGCAUGGGAAGCAUGAUUUGGAUACUCCAGUCGUAGUUAACCCAAGAAAUGAUCCUCCAUUUAUUGAUGUCCUUGAGUUCAUCAUGUUGGAGAAUGUGACAGAAGAUGACAUUCACUUUCCAGGUCAUACUCACUUUCCAGUUUACAACACUGCACUUUUCAUUUAUGAUCUUAUAAGAUUUGUUUGCAGGCCUAUGCUUGAGAUCACAUUUUCAACAAUAGACAUACCAAAGAUCGUAAGUCAGUUCACAUUGUAUCCAAUUAUGGAGAUGAUAUGUGGCCCAAUAGUAGUAGCUCAUAUUGCAGGAGUAUCCAUCAUAACGGGGACAUUCAUGCUGCAAAAUAAAGUUGUGGUAAUCUUCGCCUCCUCAGUUCUAUAG